CGAGCGUGCGGUGCUGACUAUCGACGGUCUUGGAAUAACACGGACGAGGGAGGAAAGACGUUGGAUACUGUCGGGCAGUAAACAAACAGUGAUCCUGAGUGAUGUGACUGGAGUUCGGUUCUUACGUGACAAAGUCAAGAAGCAGAAAUCUGUGGCAUGACUACCAUUUCUUUGAAGGAAUAUGGAAAGAGAGUAUACUGGCCAAGAGGGGAGAGAUGUGAGCACCGUUCAUCUGAGUAGUGAAUAGACAGGGACGCGUAAAACUUUAAUGAGAAUUUUGCAGUUUUAAUGAGGAACAGUCAACUCCACGCGUCGUGAUUGUGCUUCAACUCUCAAGCAAAGUAUCGGGCUCCAUAGCAGGCAGGCCUGGUGGGAUAUCUUCGAACUGAACCGGUCCCUAUUGUCGUUGGGAUGUCUACUGUCUAGAAGCAGAUACUUGGAGGACCCGGAUCGAGUUUCAACUGAAGUGUCUUCGCUGUUUACUGGGAUUGGUGUGGGGAUUUCAAAUUCCUCUGGAUCGAAGUCACUAAAUAUUAGUUCAAGAGAGCAUUCUGCUGAACCUCUUACUGAUGAUGUAAUUUAUGAAUGACCACGGAAGCUAUCCAUCAAACCAGCGAAUAACUAAAUGGACGCAUAGCCUUAAAACUUGCUCAGAUUUGAACUUCCGCAAAUCGGUCAAUGGUCCUCAAUAUCGGUUUGUUUUCAAUUCCAAAUAUUCCUGGACGUUGCAAACCACUCGUAGAAUUGUCUCUAUCCGCAAGAUGUCACUUCUGAAGUUGAUAAAAGCUGCGCAGAACAAGGAAGCACCCGCCUCCGAAGAGGCAGGUGCCAACGGGAGUGUUCCACCUGCAGGAGAUGCAGCCAGUACCUCGGAGCAGAGCGAUAACCAAGCCCCGUCAAUCAAGACGCUCGGCCGCAAAAUGUCGGUGUGGUCCACGGUGGCUCGCAAACUCUCUGUCUCCACCACCGCAAGCACCAAGACGACGGUGAACAAGCCCGCGGUCACGCUGCCCAAGAAGCGCUUCGAGAACUCGUACCGGACGGAGCCGGACGCCAGCACCAGCUUCAACGGGCCCAAGGUGGAGAAGUUCCUCUGGGAACUUCUAGAGAUGCGACUCAAAUCAGAGCGGUACGACCCUCGCACCUGCAGCUCCCUGACGACUAGCCUCGCGGACGUCAUCAAAGCUCGCAUGAAGAAGAUGGGUUUUACCCGGCAUCGGAUCGUGGUGUACGUGAUAGUCGGAGAGAAGCGAGAUCAGGGUAUGCAAGCGUGCGGCCGCUGCGUUUGGGACGCUAAAACUGACAACUUUGUUACAGUCACAUACGAAAAUUCUUCCCUUUUCGUGGUUGUCAGCGUUUACGGAAUCUACUACGAAUAAAACAGCUCAUUGAAACAAUUGUGAUACCAUUACAGAUCACAGACUUUUAAAAAGAACCUGUUUUCGAGAUUUAUUCUCAAAAUUUUGGCUCUACAACAAGCUUUUUCAUUCUUGAUCUUACCUGAAGAUUCUUCUCGCCUAAUUUCCACUCUGUAUCAAUUACACACUGACAUAAAUUGGUGAAGUCACCUUUUAGACUUCUCAGAAGUUGCAGAGUGAACCUUUAUCAACUUGCGUUUAAUUUGUUUCAACAAAAUCUCAACAGCAAGAAAACUCGACAAACUUGUAUUAAAGGAAACUUUUAGGCCUAAAGGAAACUACUAGUCCUUUCAAGUCGGUAACUACGUACUAAAUUGUGGUCUUAAAGGUGUACAGUGCUUUGAACAUUGGAUAAAUGUGGAGUAACGACUUAUUUUCACCAUCAUGUAAAUAGUGUAGUUCGUGUGGUGUAGUGUAGUCGCAUGUUUGAAAAAAAGUUAAUUACAUGUACUGAGCUGCUGUUUGACAGUAACUCCGUGGCGUAACAAGGGCUAUUAUGUUCGGGGGCACCCGGGGGUGCACACAUUUUGUUCAAAAGAGCACCAACAGACAAUGAGCUGCAGCAGAGGUUGUUCAUAGAUUUCAAAUGGGGGGGGUACCCCGGGGGCUAAGAGCAUUCGGUGGGGACACCUGCCCCCCCCCCUCCCCCCUUGUUACGCCACUACAGUAACUUGGCAAAUAAGUCAUUGACACUGCGAGGAGGGACGGGUUACUAGCAGUUCUAAUUGAAUCGAACUUCUCAGUUAUUUUGGUGAUUGAUCAAUAGAAUUAUUAGUAAAUUUCCCAAACUACGCCACCAAGUGGUGUGAAUUGGAGGAAAAUAUGAGAGCGGUUCGUCGCCACUCCUGGGCUAGAUUUUAUUACCUUGUUAACUUCUUAUAAUUUUUCACGUUAGUAGAGAUUGUUUUACAGAAUCAUCGGACGCACAUGAAUGGAUUAAAGCAACUCCCAUGCCCUCUUCUUUAUUUUCGCAUUACUAAGAAGCCCAAGGAGUUUCAAUGGUCAUGAAGUCAACAUUGCAGAUCGAUUAUCCACUUGAUCGAUACGGCCCAUCGAUUGCAACAUAAUUAGGUUGCGCCUUGCUAUACACCCUACGCAGCGUCAACAUGUGUACGUAAUCUUUCAAGGAAGUGUGCGGUUUAACAUAUUGUGUAAUUUGCCUUUGACUUCUACAAAAAGUCUUUUUUAUACAUGCAUGUAUUGUUUUAAACAGAGACAACUGAGAAUUAUGUGACUACUUCUUGCGAGUUACUGAAAGUUACUUCCAAUGUUAACGCAUUAAAGUUGAUGUUUGACUUGUUACAGGAACUUGUAUACCGUGCUUUAAUUUGUU